UCAUUCCUACAUGAUGGUCCUUUAAAGAUGGCGGAGUGCUUGGCUGCACGUUUGACCGCCCAAGAGGAGCAAAUUCGCCUCCUCACUAAGGAGAUAUACUCUCUCAGGGACGGAAUAAGCCGAGGCUGGGAUGCCGCAGGUGUUACUCCAGUCUCCCCGGAGCUGGAGAGUCUGCAGGCCGAGAAUGAGAAGCUGAAGUACCGGCUACUGCACCUCCGGAGGGGUCUGCAGGCGGAGCUGGAUCUGGAGGAGGCGAACGGGAAGAAACUACAAGGAGUGAAGAAAGCCCCGGAGAAGAACACCAGGGAGGAGAGGACGAGCAACAACCGGACUAAUAAUAAGGUGGCAUCCCAGGAUGUCAAACCAACUGAUGGGAACAACAAGAAAGAGAAGAAGCAGGAGAAGGGCCAAGGAGGAGGAGGUUUGAAAGAGCUGAAGCCCUGGCCUGACUACAUAUCACAGCGUCUUAGUCUGUAUGAGGAGCUGAAGAGGGAGAGCGAUGCCCUGCUAGCAAAGAAAGCUGCAGACAGCAAACCCAUCACUGUGGAGCUGCCUGAUGGACGUAAGGUGGAGGGAAAGGCUUGGAUCACAACGCCAUACCAGUUAGCUUGUGAUAUCAGUCAGGGCUUGGCUGACAAUGCAGUGAUUUCUCGGGUUGAUGGUGAACUUUGGGACCUGGACAGACCUUUGGAGAAGGACUGCUCUCUUGAGAUCUUGCGCUUUGACAAUGAGGACGCGCAAGCUGUGUAUUGGCACUCUAGCGCUCACAUUCUGGGAGAGGCAAUGGAGCGCUUCUAUGGAGGCUGUUUGUGUUACGGGCCGCCCAUUGAGAAUGGUUUCUACUAUGACAUGUUCCUGGAUGGACAGAAGGGAGUGUCCAGCACUGAGUUUGGUGACCUGGAGAAUCUGUGUAAAUCUGUGGUGAAGGAGAAACAGCCCUUUGAGAGGCUUGAGAUCAGCAAGGAGACACUGUUGAAGAUGUUUAAGUACAACAAGUUCAAGUGUCGCAUCCUGAAUGAGAAAGUCACCACCCCCACCACUACAGUCUACAGGUGUGGGCCAUUGAUCGACUUGUGCAGAGGUCCACAUGUCAGACAUACAGGCAAGAUCAAAGCCAUGAAGAUAUACAAGAACUCUGCGACCUACUGGGAGGGCCGCUCCGACAUGGAGACUUUACAGAGGAUCUAUGGGAUUUCCUUCCCAGACUCAAAGAUGCUGAAGGAGUGGGAACGCUUUCAAGAGGAAGCCAAGAAUAGAGACCAUCGCAAGAUCGGCAAAGAUCAGGAGCUGUUCUUCUUCCAUGAUCUCAGUCCUGGCAGUUGUUUUUUCAUGCCUCGAGGUGCCUACAUCUACAACACACUUACAGAGUUCAUCAGGGAUGAGUACUGGAGAAGAGGCUUUCAGGAAGUGGCAUCCCCUAACAUCUACAACAGCAAACUGUGGGAGACAUCCGGCCACUGGCAGCACUACAGUGAAAACAUGUUCUCUUUCCCUGUGGAGGAGGACGUCUUUGCACUCAAACCCAUGAACUGUCCUGGACACUGUUUGAUGUUUGGUCACAGGCCUCGCUCAUGGAGAGAGCUUCCUCUAAGGCUAGCAGAUUUUGGGGUCCUCCAUAGAAAUGAGCUUUCAGGGACACUAACUGGGCUGACCAGAGUACGACGUUUCCAGCAGGAUGACGCCCACAUUUUCUGCACCAUGGAUCAGAUUGAGACAGAGAUGAAGGGCUGUCUGGAUUUCCUCCGCUGUGUUUAUGAUGUGUUUGGAUUCUCCUUCCAGCUUCACCUGUCCACCCGUCCAGAGAAAUAUCUAGGUGACAUCUCUGUGUGGAACCAGGCUGAGAAGCAACUGGAAAAUAGCCUGAAUGAGUUUGGGGAGCCAUGGAAACUCAACCCAGGAGACGGUGCUUUCUAUGGCCCCAAGAUUGACAUUAAGAUCAAAGACGCGAUUGGGCGUUACCACCAGUGUGCGACCAUCCAGCUUGACUUCCAGCUGCCGAUCCGCUUCAAUCUGACCUUUGUAGGGAGGGACGGGGAUGACAAAGCCCGCCCAGUCAUCAUCCAUCGUGCCAUCCUGGGUUCAGUAGAGAGGAUGAUCGCCAUUCUCACAGAAAACUACGCUGGGAAAUGGCCUCUGUGGCUCUCUCCACGUCAGGUCAUGUUAGUGCCUGUCAAUCCGUCCUGUGAGGACUAUGCCAAGAAGGUGUGCAAGCAGUUCACAGAAGCUGGUUUCAUGGCGGAUGCUGACCUCGACUCUGGCUGCCUUCUAAACAAGAAGAUCCGCAAUGCUCAGUUGGCCCAGUAUAACUUCAUUCUGGUGGUUGGGGAAAAGGAGAAGAUGACCAACGGCGUCAAUGUGCGCACCAGAGACAACAAAGUCCACGGAGAGCUGUCAGUGGCUGAGGUGCUAGCUCGCCUGACUCUGCUCAAACAGUCCCGCUGUCGAAAUGCAGAGGAGGAGUUCUGAUCAAGAUGAAGAACAAUCCAGACUCUUUAAUAUGAAUACCUCAGCUUCUGUCAGAUGAGCAGUAAAGUGAUAAUUUAUGGUACACGUGAAGAUGGAGCAGUGAGAGUGUAAUACAUGGAGCAGAAAUCAGAGUGAUUAUACUCUGAUGAGCAGAUGGAAUUAAUGGGGCUGCCAAACGACUAUGAAGUCACCACAAGAUCAGUAGUGAAGGCUAGAAGAAGACACUGAUGAAGUUAUUAGUCUAACUGAAGGAUCAUUUCAGAAAGUAAUGUGAUUGUUUAAAUAAUGAAGGCUAUGUUAGUUUGGCACUGACUUUUCAAUAACUCUGUCUUUGUGGAGAAACCCAGACAUACAAUAAAUCUACUGAUUUAUUCUGAA